AUGUGCGCUAUACUGGGGGCCUGCUGCGGUAACGCCAGCAAGGCGUGCCAUUGCCUCUCCCUCCGCAACUUUGCCUUCAUAUGGCUUGGCAUCAAUAUACUCCUGGCUGCCGUACAGUUCAUUGCUGGCUCGUCCCUCGCAGCCUAUCGGGCCCCCGUGGAUAGCCUUCUACAAAGCAUAAGAGAAAAAAUAAUGGAAAUGGACAACCCCACAACUGCUCUGAAAUACUAUAACGUAAUUGCCAAUAGUCUUGCUGUGUUAUGGAAAGGGACGAAUUUAUUGACCACAGUCCGCGGUGUCUACGAUUCUAUCGCCAUUGGCCUUUGGGUAUACGGUUGGUACUACGCGAAAAUCGGGCUUGUCUAUAUCUUUGUCGGAAUGACGGCCUUGGCCUUCUUCGUCGACUUUUGCCUGUUAAUCAUUUUCUUGGUCGUCAUCAAUGUCCUUUACGUCGCAUACUUUUUCCCGUCUGCUUUGGCUUUGCCUUUCAUUUUUUUCGGAUGGCAAGCUUUCCUGGGGCCAUACAUCCUGCACCUUUUGCUAAGUCAUGCAUUUGUACUAAGCGUUGGAGGCGACGGCACUGAGAUGAAGACCUGGAAAGAAGUACAGAAACUCAAGGAAAAGGCGGCGCGCCAAGGUACGAAAACAUCUUUUACCUUUUCUGUUAAUCAUUCCUGCAAUGCAUUAGAGGAGACGCUGGAAGAAAAAGUAACGCUACUGGAGGAGCCCAACGAAAUUGACCGGAGCGAGUCAGCAAAAGCGGUACAUGUGGAAGAAGCAGCCACCCCAAGAAUUACGCAAGAGGCGGAGGUGCCAGACGUCGAAAAAGAAGCUACUAUGGUUUGA